AUAACUCCGUCAUCUCUACCCAAUCAGAACACGCCACGUUACCGUCUUCCGUCUCAUCCGACGCCAUUACUCUCGCGUUAUAAAAUCACGUUUUCGUCCACCCUCACCAUUUACUCGGUCAGAGAUCUUUUCUCUGCUCUUCUUCUUCAGAUUCACUCCGCCGACGAAAUUCCAGAAAUGCCGUCGACGACGACGACGGCUCCGAUUACAACGUCUUAUUGGUGCUACAGUUGCACACGUUUCGUCAGCGCUUGGACCGACCAAGACGCAACCGCCGCCGCCGGCAGCGUUUCGUGCCCGUACUGCGACGGCGGUUUCAUCGAGGAAGUCGAAGACUCCACCGUGGCUGCUGCAACUUCCGAAGUGAGAUCGGUCAAUCAUACACGUCGAUCUAUGAUCCGUCGGCGGAGAUCUGUUCGCCGCCCGUCUUUCAACCCUGUCAUCGUCCUCCAAGGCGGCGGAGGAGCCAGCGAGAGAGAUGACGGCGAAGCCGGAGACGGAGCUAGGGAUCGCCGUGCUUUGGAGUUUUACUAUGAUGAUGGAUCCGGUUCGGGCUUGAGACCCCUUCCGGAUUCUGUAUCCGAGAUCUUGAUGGGAUCUGGUUUCGAGCGGUUGCUGGAGCAGCUGAGCCAGAUUGAGGCGACGACCACCGGAAUCGGCCGGUCCGGGAACCCACCGGCGUCGAAAUCGGCGAUCGAAUCUAUGCCGAGGAUCGAGAUCUCAGCCGGCCACGUCAACACCGACACCCACUGUGCCGUUUGCAUGGAGGCGUUUGAGCCGGGCUCCGAGGCACGUGAGAUGCCCUGCAAGCACAUUUUCCACGGAGACUGUAUCGUGCCAUGGCUCUCGAUCCGGAACUCGUGCCCCGUUUGCCGGUUCGAGCUACCGUCGGAGCCGAUCAUCCGGAGCAACGACAACAACAACGCGGAGGAGGAACAUACAGUCGGGAUGACGAUCUGGAGGCUUCCUGGCGGCGGAUUCGCCGUCGGGAGAUUCAACGCCGCAAUGAGAGACGGAGAGAGAGUGUUGCCGGUGGUGCUGACAGAGAUGGACGGCGGAGGGCUCGGGAACAGCGACGGACCUAGACGUAUCUCGUGGGUUAGAGCGAAUGGGACACCGGAUACCGGCGGUGGUGGCUCCGGCUCCGGCGGGAGAUUGAGGCGGGUUGUUCGAGGAAUGGUCUCGUUCAUGAGGAGGGUGAGGCCAAAUCGUGGGUCUUCGUCUCCAUCACCGUUUCCUAAUGCUUUGGAUUUGAACACGGAAGGUGAAUCUAGUAGGGUCUUGGAACGAUCAAAUUCCUUGUUCGGAAGAUAUUUCCGGCGAACCAGAAGUAGCAGAGAAUCAGUCCUUCAGUGAGAGAACUAGAAACACAAAAAAUCAUGAAUUUUCUCAAUUCUUUUUCUUUUGUUCAUUCAACAGUGUAAAUAUGAUUCCAGAUGGAAGAUUGAAACGUUUCCCCCAUAGAAUCGGAUUUCAUUAUUCGUCGAU